AUGGACUUCGAACGUCGUAGUGGCUGCGAGGGUUCUGAGAAGAUGGAAACCCAAGCCAGCGAACAGAAUAGCUUAGAAUCCGUGCAACGAAACAAUCCUUCCACAAGUGAAGUUGAUGAACAUGGGAAAUGGAUAAAACCGAUUACAGGGAAACUUGCUAAAUUGACGGACAAUCCAAGCAGCAACUUAAGUAUUUAUAAGGUUCCUAGCAAGCUUAGAAAGCUCAAGGAAAAUGCAUAUAGGCCAUGUAUUGUCUCAAUUGGACCUUUUCACCAUGGGGAGAGUGACCUGCUAGCUAUGGAAGAGCGCAAAUGGCGGUACAUGUUAAGCCUACUUUGUCGUACAUCCGACCCAAAAAAGAACUUGGGUGAGUGUGUCAUAGCUAUCUCAAAAUUAGAAAAAAAUGCUUGUCAAUAUUAUGCUGGACAUACGAUAAACUACUACAAAGAGGCUGAGGCAUCAUUGGUGGAAAUACUACUAGUUGAUGGUUGCUUCAUUCUUGAACUUCUUCUGAGGUACUCAGAUAAGAAAUUCAAGGACAAAGACGAUCCCAUUACAAACAAUGUUUGGAUGGUCCCUUCCAUUCAACGUGAUUUGGCCCUCCUCGAGAACCAAAUUCCAUUUAUUGUUAUUCUCACGUUGUUUGCCACUUUAAAGUCGAAGAGUAAACCUAAUGAUCCACUAGCAUCAGCAUCUUCUUGUUCGCUUCCAGAGAUUGCUAUGCUCUUCUUUCAGCUGGUACACAAUUCACAAAAGCCAUCUAUAUCCAAGGAACUCUAUGAAGACGACAAGCAUUUACUUGACAUGUUGCAUAAAGUUUACCUACCUAAUAUUCCUGUCAUUUGUGUGUCUUCCGCAAAAUACCCUGAAGACAAUGACGCGUGGGGAUUUAGACAUUAUGCGACAAAACUUUCAGAAGCUGGAAUUGUGUUUGAAAAGGGUACACAAGGUGGUUUGCUCGAUAUAUCAUUCCAUGAAGGCGUAUUGGUGAUUCCGCCUUUUAGCAUUGAUGAAACACUGGAUUUACGCUUGAGGAACCUAAUUGCUUUUGAGCAGUGCAGCUUUCGCACAAGACACCACAUUUCUUCAUAUGUCUUGCUCAUGAGUAGACUCAUCCAGUCGUCCAAUGACAUCAUAUUUCUUCAAGGCAAAGGGAUCAUAACAAAGAUUCCGGGGACAGCUGAAGACGCUUCAACUUUUUUCAGCAGCAUGUGCAAUGGAGUUGUUUUUAGAGACUUCGAUUUCACAGAGUUGUGCGAGAAUGUGAAUGUAUAUGCCAACUCCAGGUGGGAUUGUCACAGAAUUAAAGCUCUGCUGCUGGUUAAGUGCAGCCGUUACUUGUUCGAACUAUUCCGUGAUUAUUUCUCGAAUCCGUGGAAAGCUGCCUCAGUGUUUGCUGCCGUUGUGCUUCUAGUCCUCACUUUCUUACAGACUAUAUACGCAAUGCGUUCUUAG